AUGAAACUAGAAGCUGCUGAAGCCAAGCUUCAGGAGCUGCAGUCUAGCGUUGCAAUAUUGGGAAAAGAAGCUAGUGCAACUAUGGCUGCUGUUGAAGGUCAACAGCAAAGAUUGACUCUUCAGCGGCUUCUUGCAAUGAGCGCAACUAUCAUCCAGAACAUUCUUCAGAUACUUGAUCAGCUUGAAGGCGAGAUUUUGUCAGAAAAGCAGCAAAUUGAAGCAUCGCAUAGUCCGCAUACAGAGGACACUAUGCCUCCACCACCAUCGUAUGAGGAUCUCAGCCGUAGCUUUGCUUCUGAAACCUAUGAUGAAUUGACAGGGUUGAGGGACUAUUUCUUAGGAGAGGUUAUGUACACCUUCCAUGCUGUAACUGAUGUGGUGUUAAGUUUGUCAUUCGGGGAUUACGUUGUCGUCCGGAAGAGACGUCCACUCAGAAUUCAUACAGCAGCUUUCAUAUACGGCACAUGUAGUCGGCAGCACUGCAUUUAG